AUGGCAUCUUUAUACCCCAGCUUGAACAUGGAGUCUACGAUGCGAUACAAUGACAAGUACGUCAUCCAUUACGACUUUGGCGACGCAGACUACGAUACAGCAAUUGAGGAGUUCAAAACACUUCUCAUCGACCUCGAAGCAGCUGGUCUGCAUACCGAAAUCCGCCCGGGCUACGAUCGAUCGAUUCUCGUCUUUGUUAAGGUGCCCCGCGUUCUGCUUGGCAACAAUGUCUACAAGGGGCGCGUCAAGGAUUGGCUCUAUUCAAUCACACAAACGCAUCCGGGCGGCGACAAAGACACGAUUGUGGAAGGCAAAUUCGAGGCAGAAGAUCUGCUAGCAGUCUACCAUUUGGUCCAUUGGCCCAAAGAUAUGGGUGGUGCCGGCAUCACCCCCGAAGUCGGCCAGUGGGAAAAUGUAAAGUCCAUUUUCCCACUGCACAAUGAGCCCGUCAAUAACUCUCUCCUGAGACACCUCAGCAGGAGAGUACUUAUCACAGUGGAAGACCUCGACCAGAUCAGAGAUUUGUUUGGCUCAAAAGUGGCGUUUUACUUUGCUUUUAUUCAAAACUACCUCAUCUUUCUCCUUUUCCCGGCAGCUACGGGUGUCAUUGCUUGGAUGUGGCUCCCCAAGUACUCUCUGUCGUACGCCAUCUUGACUAGUAUUUGGUGCAGCGUCUUUUUGGAAUAUUGGAAGCUGCAACAGGUCGACCUGAGUAUUCGAUGGGAUGUGCGCGGCGUGCAUAAGAGCAAGAUUAACCGCCCGGAAUUCAAAUACGAAAAGACCAUGAUUGACUCUCAUGGAAGAACCAUUCACUUCUUCCCCAAAUGGAAACAGAUUGCUCGGCAGUCGCUACAGGUCCCAUUCAUUCUUGUUGCUACGGCGGUGCUAGGUGUUAUCAUUAUCGCCGUCUUUGCCCUUGAGGUUCUGGUUUCAGAAGCUUACGAUGGCCCAUACCAAAAUUAUCUGGAAUAUGUGCCUACUGUUCUUCUUGCUGUCGCUAUCCCGUACAUUAGCUCGGCGUUGGAAAGUGUUGCAGAAACGCUCACAAAGUAUGAAAAUCACAGGACGGCAGAUGUGCAUGAAGUAUCCAUGACGCAAAAGAUCUUCAUGCUGAACAUCAUCACCAACUAUUUGCCUAUUUUGCUCGUUGCGUUUGUCUACAUUCCCUUCGGCGACGAAGUUGUUCCAUGGUUGAAGCAGACCCUGGUUACCUUCUUCCCCAAGCUUGACGGCGCAGUAGUUGUUCACAAGUUUACGCCCGAUGCUGACAAGCUGCGAAACGAAGUCAUUGCACUCACUCUAACUGGCCAGCUCUCUAGCUUCUUUGAAGAGAAUAUCAUGCCCAUGAUCAAGCACAAACUUUCUGGAAUGUACCGCAGCUACAGACGCAAGUACUCCAAGCAAGCUAUGCUCCUUACCAUGGUGGAAGAUGAUAAGGAAGAAGUGGAAUUCCUCGCUAGCGUCCGCAAUCAAUCAACACUUGCUCAGUACAACGUUCAUGAAGACAUGGCAGAGCUUGUCCUCCAGUUUGGCUAUCUUGCACUCUUCUCGCCAGUGUGGCCACUCAUCCCUCUUGGCUUCCUCAUCAAUAACUGGAUUGAGCUACGCUCCGACUUUGCAAAGAUUUGUAUCGAGCACCAGCGACCAGCUCCUGCGCGAGCCGAUGGCGUCGGACCUUGGGUCAUGUCGCUGGAGAUUCUUACUUGGGUCGGCAGCAUUUCUACAGCCGCCAUUGUGCAUCUAUUUGGAACGGACACGUUUGGAACCAAGUCAUGGUUUAGUCUGCCCUUGACCAUUUUUGUCAGCGAGCAUAUUCUGCUUCUCUUGCGAGCUAUCACACGCUGGAUUUUUGAACGCUAUGGCUCUGAGCAGAUCCGCAAGGAGCGCGACGAGCGCUAUGCACGACGCCUAAAAUACCUGGAGCAGAUCGAGGCGAACAAGCGAGCAGGUGUCAACCUGACUGUUGCUGAGCGCGAGAAGCGUCGAUCAGUCCUGAUUACUGAUAGCGACAAGUUCUGGACAAAGCAGGUAGAGGAUGGACAGAGUGCAGCGGCAGGACUCAACCUGAUCAACAUGGCACGCAAGUGGGAGGAUGAUCAAGGGAGCAAACCAAAACAGAGUUGA